AUGAAGAAAAAAAAAUUUUUAAACCUAUAUACUAAUCCUAUAUUAGCUAUUUCGAAAAAUUAUCAAAUAAUUGCUUUUUCUUCUGGAUAUGGAAAAUUAACACUUUUUCUUAUAGAAAGUGGUUUAGAAAUUAUCAGCAAAAACUUUGAAAAAAAUACAAAAAUAAUUGCUUGUGAGUUUGAAAAUGAUGACAAAUUAAUGAUAAUUAUUAAAAAAUCUAAAAGCGAAUAUGAAGAGAUGUUACUUUGGCAUUUAUACAAUUCUUCAAAGAAUAGAUUUCAACCUUUCUGUGGUAAUAUUAAAUUAGAAAAAAAUGAAGAAAGUAAUUCAUAUAAUGCAAGAAUUCCUGGAAAGUUUGUAUUAGUAAAUUCUAACGGCAAAAUAUUGUCAAUAUAUGAUAGUCUGUUAAUAGAUAAUAAAGCAAAAGUGAAGAAAUCUACUCUAGAAUUAGAACCUUAUAGUAUUGUAAUUUCUGCUGAUAAAAGCAAAGAGGGAACACCAAAUAAAAUGAAUGAAUUGAAGUAUGAUAAUAUUCACAGAGUUUACCAUCAAGAUUUUUCAAAAAAAGAAGCGCAACCUCUUAUACAUAAUAGAGAACCAUGGAUAAAUGAAAAUUUUGAAAAAAUGUGGAUAUAUCUUGAUCAAAAAGAAUCAAUACAAUUAUAUAUCGGAAAAAAUACUAUACAAGUAUGGCGUAAAAUUAUGAAUAAAAAAAACAAAUGCAUUCUUGAAUAUUUUUGGGCUAAUAAUGAUUAUGAAAAUAAUUAUGCAUUGCAAGUGUUAGAAUUAAUUGUUUAUAAUAGGGGUUUUUUUAUUAAAAUUAAGUGGAAAGAUGAUCAAUAUACAAAAAUUCAAUGGCCAUAUGAUAAUAAUCAUGUAAUUCCAGUAAAAUAUGCUUGUGAUGCUCUUGAGUAUUUAAAUUAUCAAAGAAAUAAAUUAGUUGGAUACGAUAAUCAACAUGUAUUUGAAGAAAUCAUAUAUAAUAUUUCUAUUAUCAUCUGGAAAUUUAUCAAAAAUUAUCCAGAUAUUUGGAAAUUAAUUGAUAUUCGUUAUAACCUUAUGACAAAAAUUAUAAUUAACGGUUCAAAUACUUUAAUUAAGUAUAUUUUAUUUGGUGACGAGAAAGUAAAGCAUAAAUUUUUGCAUUUACCAAGAAUAAUUCGAUGGGUUGAUACUGAAAUAAGUUGUUCUGAUUCAAAAGAAAAAAUUGAUAUUAACAAAUUAAGUGAUUUGCAAAUAGCUAUUAGAUUAUGUAAACCAGAUUUAGAGCGUAACCGAAGAAUUUUAAUUGUAACUUAUUUACUUGAAUAUUAUACAACAAACGCAAUUGAACAUCCCGGAUGGUUAAUUACUAUUUCAAAUGCAUUACCAGACUUAUAUGUUCAUAAAUUAGUAAGUGAAUUAUUUUAUAAAAGAUGCAUGGAAGGAAUUGAAAUAUCUAAUAUCAUUGAAUAUACUGAUAUUAUACCCAAACGCUAUCAAAUUACUUUAAACACACAACAACAUUUUUUGGCAUUUAAUCCAAUAUCGAAUCUCAUUUCAACAAGUAAAAAGAAAAUUAAUCUUAAAGGUUUAGGAGAUAAUUUGAAGUUAGGACUGAAAAAAUUCUAUGUAAGAAUUUUUCCUAAUAAUUAUGAAAAUUAUUCACCAACAGUAAAAAUAGUUCCUUUGUACAAAUUUACGGUUAAUAAUUUACCUCAAAAGAUAAAAAGUAAUUAUGAAAGUUUAUUUAUUAUUAAUUUUUUGAGAUUGAUAUUCAUUCCUCGAAGUUAUUCAAUUACAAAGAAUUUUUCACAACUUAGUUCACUUGUUCAAAUCAUUAGAUUAGAAAAUAAUAAUGAUGUAUUUAACAAUCCUGUAAUGGAAGCAGUAAUUAAUUACAAAUGGCGACCAGCUAGAAAUUAUUUCCUUCAACUUUUUUUCAUGUAUAUAUUAUUCGCAACUAGUUUUGCGAUAAUUUGUGGAACUUAUGUAGCACAUUUUGAAGCAACAGGAUAUACUUGCAAAUUUCUAUUAUUUCAAAUUAUUCUUUUUUAUUAUUUGGGAUAUUAUUUAUUAGUUGUUGAAUAUAAACAGUUGGAUCAUUAUGGUUGGAGGCAUUAUUUUAAAUUCUUUAAUUGCGUAGACUUAGUUUCCAUUGUUACAGCAAUAGUUAUAAUGUCAAUUUAUGUUACUCCUUCGUUUAGUAUUGAAAAUGCGUUUGCUAGUGCUGCAACAACACAAGAGUCAACUGUUGCAAUUUCCUUUACAAUGCUAUUACUAUGGUUUGAAUUUAUUUUAUAUCUUCGGUUAUUACCAGAACCUGCAAAAUAUAUCUAUAUUAUGAUGAAUAUCAUCAAAGAGACUUGGAUUUUUCUUUUAUUUAUGAUUCUUGUAAUUGCUGGAUUAGCACAUAGUUUUUUAAUUUUAUGUCAACAUCCAGAAUUUACAAAUAUUUCAGAGGUGACAUCUUCUUCUACAUUAAUUACAGAAGGUCUAGUUAAUUAUCAUAUACAAAAAGAUUUUGAUAGAACUGAAAAUAAUCCAGCAAAGAAUUAUAUUACUUCAUUUAUCUCGACAUACAAUUGGUUAAACGGUGAGUUUUUACAACAAGAAAUAUGGGAUUUUUGGGCUGUGAAAUUUAUCACCUUUUUUGGUUGUAUUCUUUUGAUUACAAUUCUACAAAAUAUGCUUAUUGCUUUUAUGGGUGGUGUAUAUUCUGAGGCAUAUAAAAAAGGUCGUGUUGCAUUAUUAAGAUUUCGUGCAGAAUCAAUUUCAGACUAUGAAGCGUUAGAAAGAAUACAUUUCUUUCCUCAAUCACCAGAACCAAAAUAUAUUUAUUAUUUAGGUGAAUCGAAAAGUUAUAAAGAAUGGGAUUCAAAUGCAAAAAAGCGUGAAUCUGAGCAAAUUACAUUGUAUGAUACUUAUGAAGAGAAAUUGUUAGAAGAUCAAUUCCCAAGUAAGGAGAAAGAAGGUGUUGACAAUGAGUCUUGGUGGGAUUAUAGCUUUACAGAUGAAGAUGGUUAUAAGAUGGAAUCUGAUGAUGACGAAAAUUCUGAAACUGAGAAAGACGAUGAAGACAUUAAAAUUAAAGUUAAAUUGCUUGAUAACAAAGUUGAUGAGCUUAAUAGUAAGAUUGAUAAAUUGCUAAGUGCUAUGAUUAAAUAA